AUGCAGGGGAUUCAUUAUGAGUUAUGGGCGCGAUGCCAGAGGAUUGUGGGCGACCGCUGCGGAAGUCGUGGCGCCUCACACGGGGUAUCGCACAUGCAGCGGGUUACCGAGCAGGCUAUUUUGCUCUAUUCGAUGGCGCCGGAUGGGAAACUGUCGAGUCCGGAGGCCUGCUUGGAUCUCUACGGGAUUAUCUUGGUCGCGAUGUUGCACGAUCUGGCAGAUCACAAGUACGACCCCCAUGGGGAUCUCUACUUGAGCCUGCACGACUUUGUAUCCCAAGAGGCAGCGCACUGGAUUCAUUUAGCCACCGCCCCUUCUCCUCCUCAAAGUCUAGACGUCAUGGCGCUCAACCGGGUUGGUGAUGCCUCAAUCACGCAGGAAGGGUCUUUGUUCUCGAAGCAGGAUGUUCAGAUGCUCCUCCAGGAGGGGGUGGAUGGGCUUUGUAGUCGGAUUAUCGGUUGCAUCCAAGCAAUUUCAUAUUCUACCGAAACCAAGCGAGGCUUGCGUUGGUAUGAGCAGGUUUUACCGCCUCGCUGGCAAAUGAUUCGUAAUAUCGUGAGUGAUGCGGAUAAGCUUGAGGCCAUCGGAGAGGAGGGUCUGCAACGGUGCUACGCUUACGUGUGCGAGAAGUAUCAGGAACGAAGCUCUACCAAGCACCAUGACGAAUCUUCCUCAGAAGCUCCCGAAGCGGUCAGCGCCCUCCAGGAUAAGGUGCGGAUCAAGAAUUUAGAGCAGAUUCUGUUAAAAGACGUUUCCACGCACUACGAGGAAAAGUUAUCUCGUUUGGCUUCGUUGUUUAUCGUUACCCCGGCGGGGAAGUUUCUCGCGGCGCCCCGUCAUGACGCCAUGGCUCGGCUGUUGGCGGAAUGGCAGCUGCGAGGACCGCCGCCGGUGGCUUCGCAUUGGCCAGAUGCCGCCCGCGAUGGGUGCGGCGAUGGGUGA